GGGCGUUUCAACAAAUAAACACGAACAAAAAUGCGAGUGUGUUCCCCACUCUGGAGGAUAAAAUAUUAAAUGUGCGCUAGCGUUUUAUAAAGUGAAAGUCUGCAGCGGCGUGUGUUUUAUCAUUCAAUUUUUGUCCGGCCGAGUGUUACGAAACGCAGCUCUCCGCGCGCACCUUUAGCCGCCGCCGUUGCCGCCGCAAGAUCGCACGCACUUUUUGCACCAGGCUGAAUUCCUGAGUGCUUUUGGCGACAACGGCGCCGCUGCUGAGGACGCCGAUCCACAAGCAGCCAUGGCCUCCGCCGCAGACAAAGAUAGGACGCAGGUGGCUGGAGGGAGUCCCGACUCGGAGGAUCGAGAGACGUGGGGCAAGAAGGUGGACUUCCUGCUGUCCGUGAUUGGAUUUGCAGUCGACUUGGCCAAUGUGUGGCGCUUCCCUUAUCUUUGCUACAAAAAUGGGGGUGGCGCAUUUCUUGUUCCUUACUUGAUUAUGCUGCUGAUCGGAGGCAUACCCUUAUUCUACAUGGAACUGGCGCUGGGUCAGUUCAAUAGAAAGGGUUCCAUCACCUGUUGGGGUCGGCUGGUGCCUCUGUUCAAAGGGAUAGGCUAUGCGGUGGUUUUGAUUGCUUUCUACGUCGACUUCUACUACAACGUCAUCAUCGCGUGGGCCCUCAGGUUCUUCAUCGCAUCUUUCACCAGCAACCUCCCUUGGACCAGUUGCGGAAACUUUUGGAACACGGAUCACUGCAGACCCCUUGACUACUCUUUAUCGGAUAUUCAAGAUCAGCAUUCAAGCAACACCACCAUCAACUUAAUUCCUAAUGGCGUUGUCUCGACUUAUGCACCAGACCUUGCUUCAAAUUUCAGUUACGACAACGCCUCUAGUUCUGCCGCAGAGGAAUAUUUCAACCGUUUCAUUCUGGAGCUGCACAAGAGCAGUGGCAUCGACGACCUUGGUGCCAUCAAAUGGGACAUGGCCGCUUGUCUGUUGAUUGUGUACCUCGUCUGCUACUUUUCUCUCUGGAAGGGCAUUUCGACGUCCGGCAAAGUCGUCUGGUUCACUGCACUCUUUCCUUAUGUGGUACUGUUGGCCCUGCUGGUCAGGGGAGUGACGCUCCCGGGCGCCUCCGAAGGCAUCAAAUACUACCUGCGCCCAAACUUCAACGCCAUCACCAAAGCAGAAGUGUGGGUUGACGCUGCCACGCAAGUUUUCUUCUCUCUCGGCCCUGGAUUCGGUGUGCUGCUCGCAUUUGCGUCUUACAAUAAAUUCCACAACAACGUCUAUCAGGAUGCACUCGUGACGAGCAUAAUCAACUGCUGCACCAGUUUUGUGGCUGGCUUUGUCAUAUUUUCCGUUCUGGGCUACAUGGCGCACGCCUCGAAAAAACUAGUCGAAGAUGUGGCCACCGAAGGACCAGGGCUCGUCUUCAUUGUGUAUCCGGAAGCAAUCGCCACCAUGCCUGGCUCCACCUUUUGGGCCCUUCUUUUCUUCAUGAUGCUCCUCACCCUUGGCCUUGACAGCUCAUUUGGAGGCUCGGAGGCUAUAAUAACUGCUUUGAGCGACGAGUUCCCAGUGAUUGGGAGGAACAGAGAGCGUUUUGUAGCUUGCCUCUUCACCCUGUACUUCUUUGUCGGCUUGACCUCCUGCACUCAGGGCGGUUUUUACUUUUUCCAUUUGUUGGAUCGAUAUGCCGCUGGUUAUUCAAUGCUCUUCGCUGUGCUUUUUGAAACCAUUGCCGUUUCCUGGAUUUAUGGGUGCGACAGAUUUUGCAAUGAUAUAAAGGAGAUGAUUGGAUUUUCACCCGGUAUCUACUGGCGUAUUUGCUGGAUGUUCCUAGCGCCCGCAUUCUUAAUGUUUAUCAUUGUUUACGGACUUAUUGGUUACGAGCCCCUCACGUACGAAGAUUACCAAUACCCUGCCUGGGCUAACAUCCUUGGAUGGGCAAUUGCCGGUUCAAGUGUGUUAAUGAUUCCAGGAAUGGCCAUUUACAAAAUCAUCGUCACCCCAGGAACACUUUCCGAGCGUCUUCGAAUUUUAACCACUCCUUGGAGAGAUACUCAAGCUGCUUUGAUUAAUGGAGUUCAGGUAAAUUCUGCAGAAAUUCGCCUCACAUCGAUGACUCAAGUAGAUGAUGUGUAAGUCCCCUUUUAAGUGAUUUUGUUAUAAAUUUGAAUUAGAAAUAUUCACCUCUGAAGUAUUAACGUUUAAUGUUAUAAAUUAUUUUAAAUCUGACAAAUCAUUUAAUAAUUGAACUUUAAGGUGAAAAAAAUAUAAUCUACUUGCCUCAAAAUUAUUGUUAAUGAAUUAUCCUUCUUAGAAAAUUCUGAGAAUCUGCUGAGAACAAUAAUCCUUGUAAAAAAUUCUCUCUGUUUGAAUUAAAUCAUAAGAACUUGACUCUAUGAGCUGCUCUGGAGCUGCCGUUUUAUGGUUGUAAAGUUGUAUAGAUACAGUUGUAAAAUUUGGUGUUCUUGAAUGGUUUGCGCUAAUUUCAUAGGAUUACCCGUGACAAGUAAAUCGAAGUCCAGUUUCGUCGUUGUCAAAGCAUGCAAAUGGAUUUAAAAAAUACCAUCCAAAAAUUUUUGCCCGGUAUUUUGGAAUCUGUCUAGUGAUUCUUCUUACUAAUCUGAGUAAGAAAAAUUCAACUAUUUAAAUUUAAAUAAUUUUUGUUUUUUACUUUUUAUACAUAUUUUUCCGUAGUUUUCAUUUUCAUUUAACUCUACUUGGUACCCGUCAAAUUGUAAAAACGCUGAAUGGGUCAUUGGACGAUAAAUAUAAAAUAAUUAUCCACUAAAACCAUUUACAUUUGUGGAAGAAUAAUUGUGGGAGGACAUUAUAUCAGUGAGUGUUUCGGUAAUAAUGUGUGUUUAGGUGCCAAAUUAAUGGUGUUCAACUUAUCAAGAAUUUAAGAAGACUUAAUGAGCUACUUAAAGUAAAGGGAAUACGCCACGGUAGUUGAAAUAAACUAUCUUUAAGUUUAAAACGUUAAGUGCUUAAUUGUUCUCUUAAUUUUUUACUGAAAAAAAUUUAUAUCCGCUUAAAUUUAAAUGACAUUUGAAUUUUACACAGAAUUUGCCAGAUUUAAUUAUUAUUAUUAUUAUUAUUAUUAAUGUUUGAAAAGUAAUAAUUUUAUAAAUAGAUAAUAAUUCUGUUCUAAAUGAGAUAGUGAGGAGUUUGUUGUGCCAAAAAGACUCCUCAAUAGAAAAAACUGUUGUUUUUCAUCAAAAAGUUUUGAAGUAAAAAAUUUAAUUUUCCUUGCUUGCAAAUACAGAGUAUCCAUGUGUCUGUAGACUAUAUAUGUCAGUGAAUAAAACAUAUAAAGAGAGAUGAAUUUUAGGGCAUGGUUAAAUCUUGCCUUGCAGGGUAGAAAAAAUGUGUUAAAUGUCUUGAAUAUCAUUUUUUAUUAAUUGCUUUAAGUAAUAAAAAUCUGCACAAGAAUGUCGUCAAAAACAAUCAUUUAGCCAUAAAUAAAACAAAAUUUUGUGUGACUGUCAAAACCGGAGGCGGUCAGAUUUUUUGAAUGUGAUCUGUUUACAAGUUAAGGAUAAGAAGUACUAAUGACUGAAAGACCUCAAGCAGCCAAUGACGUCU